AUAGUAAAGUACUUCAAGGUCCAGUUUCGGCCUUUUGCAUAUGCAGGAAUUCCGCCUGGAAUAAAUUUUCUAGUCUGUUCAUUAAUGCAUCAGGAAGAUGAACACACUGGCUAAAUUCAAUAUGCCUUGAUUUUUGCUCUGAGUAAUACAAAUGACUGGAUUUAAAAAUAUUAUGCAUGUAUUCAGAGACUUAUGUUACCUGAGAUUUCAAUCAACUUGUAGAAAAGUAUUUACGACAUGAAAAUAUCAAUAAAUUCCGCUUUAAGUAUUAUUGUCGUAAACGAAAUUCAGUAAAAUGUGUACCGACAAAUCAGUGGUUUAUCAAGGAAUUUAUUGAGGAAGUGGAAAUUCAUGCGAACCUAUACCGCGUAAGUUUAACUUGAGUUAUAUAGUUAUCUGCAUGCCACACUAAAGUGAAAAGUUGAUACGUGCUCAGUAAACGAUCUGUUUGGAAAUUAAUAAUACAAUAUAAGUCAGUUUCAGUUUGAGAAAGGACAGGAAUCUAAACGUCUUGUGUUGGUUCUGAAGAUAAAGUCUCAGGUGACCUAACUUUUGGAAGGAUACUUAACUACUUGUUGAGCAUUCGAAAUUAUAAAUACUCUAUGUUUUCCAAAAAAUUAAAAAUCAUAAAUUUCAUCUAGCACACAUAACUCAUCCAAUAUACUUUUUAUCGUAGUCGGAAGAAGAAAAAGAUCGAUGGUGGACCAAAUCUUUUAUUUCAGAGGUGGAUAACCGAAGCUAUGGAAAAUGCAUUUGCAAAAGAUGCCAAAUCAUACUAUGCUUACAGAAAGGCUCUUUCUUCGCUUAAAAAAUAUCCACUAUUGUUGCAAAGUGGAAAAGAAUGUACAAUUUUAGAAGGUUUUGGAGCAAAACUAUGUGAUUUCUUAGAUGAAAAACUAAAUAAUUACGCUGACGAUUUACAGUUAUCAGCAUUAGAAGCGCUUCAUUAUGGUAAUAAAAAUAUAAAAUCAUCAAUAAUGUCAUCGAUUAUAACGGCAACUAAAACAAAGUGUUGUAAGACAAACCAGUUACCAAAUGAAAAAAAUUCCCUUCUAAAAGAACACAAUAUUAAUUCAGCUGACAGUGAUGUAAUUGUCACAAAUCUCAAUAUACAAACAAAUGCAACUCAUGAUGAAGUCACUUCUGAGACAAUAAACAAUGAAAAUUUGAUUUUUCAAUAUUCAGUCUAUGCAAAAAAGAUUCUGGAAGUAAUUAAAAGUUCGAAACAUCCUUCAGGCUGUAGUAUGUGUGAAUUAGCAGCAUAUUUUCGAAAUCAUGAACAAAUUGAUCUACAAUUACUUCAAUCUGAAAUUGAUAACUUGAUUAAUAUGAAAAUUUUACAUUAUGUUAACAACUCACCACCAAGAUUGAAAAUAACAGAUGUUGGAUCAGACUUGUCUACUUCAAUGUGCUCUAAAUCAGAAAUAUCACGAAACGAAACUGAUUAUACGACUGGAACAUCUUCAGAUUUGAAGUGCUCAACGGACUCCUCGAUGUCUACUGAUCUAUAUGAAAUAAGCUCUUAUGAAUUACAUUUCACAUAUGUAGAUGAACAUAAUAAUCCUGUUCAUUUAAAAGGAAAUGCACAUCAACGUGAAUAUAAUAUGGAUGGUGAAAGAAACUUAACUGGUUAUCGUAUUCGUUGUAUUUAUGAAGAUUUAAUUAUUUCCGGUGUAUCUUAUCGUAUAGAUUGGAGUAGUUCAGGGUUAACAGAAAAUGGUAUAACAUAUACGUAUGCUUACUUACUUGAUCCCAAUGCGCCUAAUCUGUGUACAAAUCCUAUAUCAAGUAUAAAAUCUGUCGAUACUACCAGUAGUAGUGCGAUGCUAACUACGUCCUCAACUACUUUCACAUUUAAACCAAUAUCAAAAGUUAAUAACUCAACUAAUCUGGAGACUGGAAUUAAACGAUGCAAAUCUCAAGAAUCUGUUUCACGCAAUGGUCUCACGAGUAAAUCAAGUCAAAACUGUACUAAUUCGGUAGUAUCAGAGUCCACGAUGCAACCAAAAUCUCCUACUCACUCACCUCCAACUUUGACCCGUCAACUAAGUCUAUCAAGCACAUCUGAAAUGCUUUCAUUAAAUCGUGCUAUGACCAAGUAUAGCUCACAAGCAUCUGGUGAACCUCCGAAUCCACAAACCAUUAGUACUAGAAAAUGUUCGAAUCCAGUCGGUGUCGAACCUCAAAAACACCAAAUUUCGUCGUCAUCAGUAUUAACACCUUUUGUCGUUCCAGGUAAUUCUUAUGAAAUUAUUCUUUUGGCUGAUGUGCGUGAAAAUUUCGGGUCGAACAAAGUAAGACAAAUGCUUCCAACUGUAUUUCAAAAUUACAAUAUCAAAUGUGAAUCAAGAGCACUUCCUGUUGGGGAUUUUCUUUGGAUUGCACGAUGGCGAAAUGAAUCAGGUUGUUUAAUGGAAGCUGUACUGGAUCAGAUUGUUGAACGUAAAAGAAUGGACGAUUUAGCACAUAGCAUUGUUGAUGGGCGAUUCAGAGAACAAAAGUAUCGUUUAAAACGUACAGGUUUAUUACAAUUGAUUUAUUUAAUUGAAGAAUGUCCAAUGAUGCAUAAUCAGAAAGUCUCUUAUGAUGUUUUAUUACAAGCAAUUUCAAAUGCACAAAUGAUCGAUGGUCUACAUAUUAUGACAACUAAAAGUCAUGAAGAUACUGUAGAUUUACUUGCUGCACUUUCGCAAAGACUUCAGUCACGUGUUUCGAGUGAUUUGUACGUUAAUUAUCAAAAAUCUAAUGAUAUACCUUUCAAGUUAAGCACUGUAAAUGCAUUGGGUUGGUGUGAGUUUGUUAAACUUGCAAAUAAAUCACCGGAUCCAAGUAUACGUGAUAUUUUUGCGAAACAUUUAAUGCAGAUUCCUGGAUGUUCUGGUCCAAAAAUCACUUCAAUUAUGGAAAAAUAUCCUACUCCUUGCAUUUUAAUGGAUGCCUAUGAUAAACAGUCGACAAUGUCUGGCAAGGGUAAUAUGUUGGCAGAGUUGAAACCAGCAGAUAGUAAUCGGUAUGUGAAACGUUUUUCAACUACUAACAUCAAUGUCUUUUGUUGAAAGACUAGGGGCAAUCAAACUAAGAUGUGGCAUCAAUCCAUAAUGUCGUUGAUUGUCAUGCUGACCCGUUUAGGUAGAUAUAAAUUACUUAGUUGGAUUUCGCAAGAUUAUCGUGACCAAUGAUCAGAAAUGUUGGAUGAAAUGGUUCUGAAUCGUUAGCAAUAGCGUACAUGCAUCUAGUAUUUGUCUUAUAAAUACGUAUACUUUUUAUUCCACGAAUUCAUUCUCGCUUAUCGAAUCAUAUUUUCAAUCCUCAACCUUUGCUACUACUGUCAUUGAUUCCUCUUAUUAUCUCUCCUGAUAAUUUCAUCCAGAUGUACUGAUAUGGUGUGACAACUCGGACCAACUCAUAUAUGUUUUAAGUUCUACGUUGCAUAUAACUAACAAAUAAUUCAGUGAAGUAACUUCUCUGACCAUGACGAGAAUUCGAGCUCCAACGGAAACAUUCAUACCUUAAAAUUACAGAUACUAACCAACUAGUGUGUUAUCUAAAUCAACAGUUUUCUGCUUAUUAUCGUCAACUGAUUAACACUAGCAAAGUCAUCAUGUAGCUUGUGCGAUUCAGUGUACUGGACUGCAGCUUGGAUUCAGAUAAUCUGCUGUAAUUAGCAAUAACGAAAUUUAGUCAGUAUAGUAAUCCGAUAAAAAUAUACAUUUGUAGUAAGAUGCAGAACAAAUGUUUUAAUGUAAACCUUUUUUAUUCAUCUUAUCACAUUAUACAUUUGGCACAUUAAGAUAUUUUCCAACUGAACCUUCAAUGGAGAGACUUCAGUACAUUUAUACUUACUUACAUCUAAUAAAUUAGCGUACGUUAAGGACACAAGAUCAUGUGUAUUAUGAUUUGUGGUAUCGGAUUCCGAUACACAAGCUUCUUAUAUGUGUGCCCAACCAUCUAUUCGAGUGAGGGAGUCAAUCGAUUAAUUUAGUCAGUAACUUGAUUAUCAUUUGACUUCAAACCACACUCCAAGUGUCUAAACUUGAACUGGGUGGAGUGGGUUUCGAACCUGGGACUAGCUAAAAGUCCAAUGUCUUGACCACUAACUCACUGAGUAAUAAUGUUCCUGUAUAGCUGUCGAAUUCUUAUUCGGUAUAAAACAGCGUAUAACACAACAUAAUCCUCAUGGUUAUUGAAGUUUCAGAUUCAGAAAUGUUUAUAUGAUUCUUAUUUGACCAUAAAAAAGUAAUCAUUUUGAUUCAAAUGAUUAAGGAAUUUUUUAAUUUACUCAAUCUUUCUUAGAUGUCUUGGAACAGCGCUUAGUCAGAGUAUCGCUUUCGCGUUUAACACAUUGUGAUCUAUAUUUUGUACUGUUUUCCCUGUAAAUACACAUUUAUCUACAAGUUGCAUUCUGAAUUAGUUUAACUCCCAUACAUAGGAUGAACUUGGUUA